AUACAUGAAUAACAAGUAAGAAGAAUAGCUGCACUCCAUAGCCAAAAUGUUUGCCUCAUUGCUCCUCGAACCUAAAGUCACCAUGGAGAAAACCAUGACUGAAAUGAACAAAGCGGCCUCCCGCUCCACCACCUCACUGCCACCUGAGCCGGUGGACAUCCUGCGAAGCAAGUCAUGUUUCCGCAGAGUCCGGCUCAAUGUGGGGGGUCUCCCACAUGAAGUCCUGUGGCGAACAUUAGACAGACUACCACGAACGCGUCUAGGAAAGUUAAGAGAUUGCAACACCCAUGAAUCUCUGAUGGAAGUGUGCGAUGACUACAGCCUGGAGGAGAAUGAGUACUUUUUUGACAGACAUCCGGGGGCAUUCACGUCAAUUCUGAACUUCUACCGCACUGGUAAGCUGCACAUGAUGGAGGAAAUGUGCGCCCUGUCAUUCAGUCAAGAACUCGACUACUGGGGCAUCGAUGAGAUCUACCUGGAGUCUUGUUGUCAAGCGAGGUACCACCAGAAAAAGGAGCAAAUGAAUGAGGAGCUCAAAAGAGAGGCAGACAACAUGAAAGACAGAGAAGGAGAAGAAUUUGACAACACUUGCUGUGCAGAGAAACGGAAGAAGCUCUGGGACCUCCUGGAAAAGCCAAGCUCAUCUGUUGCAGCAAAGAUCCUGGCCAUCAUCUCCAUCCUCUUCAUUGUGCUCUCUACCAUUGCCUUGUCCCUGAACACUCUUCCAGAGCUGCAGGACACAGAUGAGUUUGGCCAGUCCACAGACAACCCCCAACUGGCCCAUGUUGAAGCUGUUUGUAUCGCUUGGUUCACCAUGGAGUACCUGCUUCGUUUCCUCUCCUCACCUAACAAGUGGAAGUUCUUCAAGGGUCCACUGAAUGUCAUCGACCUGUUGGCCAUUCUGCCCUACUACGUCACAAUCUUCUUGACAGAAUCCAACAAGAGCGUACUUCAAUUUCAGAACGUCCGUCGGGUGGUUCAGAUUUUCCGGAUCAUGCGCAUCCUUCGUAUUCUGAAGCUGGCUCGUCACUCCACAGGUCUUCAGUCUUUGGGCUUUACCCUCAGGAGGAGUUACAAUGAGUUGGGCCUGCUCAUCCUUUUCCUUGCCAUGGGCAUCAUGAUCUUCUCCAGUCUGGUGUUCUUUGCUGAGAAAGAUGAGGAGGACACAAAGUUUAAAAGCAUUCCAGCUUCUUUCUGGUGGGCUACUAUUACAAUGACCACAGUAGGCUAUGGAGAUAUCUACCCAAAAACUCUCUUGGGGAAAAUAGUGGGGGGUUUAUGUUGUAUAGCUGGAGUACUGGUGAUUGCCCUACCUAUUCCCAUUAUUGUAAAUAACUUUUCUGAAUUCUACAAGGAGCAGAAGAGACAGGAAAAAGCACUUAAACGGAGGGAGGCCCUGGAGAGGGCAAAGAGAAAUGGUAGCAUUGUCUCCAUGAACUUGAAAGAAGCAUUUGCUCGAAGUGCAGAGCUGAUGGAUGUGGUAGUAGAGAAGAGUGAAAGGCCACAUGACAACCACCUGUCUCCAAGUCGUUGGAAAUGGACCCCCAAAAGGGCUGCAUCAGAGACGAGCUCAAACCGAUCCUUCAAUGCCCAGGAGUUAGGCUCCCCCAACAAGACCAGAACCACCAGUCCCCAGAGGCUAAAUGUGCAGAAGCUAGAGGAGAUGUACAACCAGAUGGCUAAGACACAGUCCCAACCAAACCUCAAUGCUAAAGACAGGAUCCCCAGAGAUGGUAAAAACAGGGAUGAAAUAGAGCUUGGGGCCAUACAAGAUCAUGGGCAACCCGCGCAAGGAACCAGAGAAGGUGUAGGGGACAUGAAAAGUUUGUCCAGCAUUGACAGCUACAUCAGCUGUGCCACAGACUUCCAGGAGAAUCCACGCUUCACCCAUAGUCCAGCAAUGGACCUUGGUCCUCAGGAAAGCAACCGGUUCUCCCACAGCCCAGUUUCAGGUUUGUCCCAGCUUGGCAGCACAAAAGUGGGGCAGCAAACCCCUGGGGAGCACGAGCCCAUGCUAACUAAUCCUGUUCCUGUUACAAAGCCCUCGUAUUCUGAAAAUGCACGGAGAUUCUUCUUUUCUGGCAACUCCUCAAAAACCCUAACCCCCAAGGUUAGCUAUCGCAGCGAAGGGGAGUCAGGCUUGUCGCCACUCUCGGACAGCUCAGUCCUGUCAGACAACUCUCUCUUAAGCCCUGAAGUUUCCAUCUACACCACUGCCAGCAGCAGAACCCCACCAAAGUCUCCUGAAAGUACUUCCCUAACCCCAACUGUCUUCACCUUCCACGACUCCUCCAUAAGUAAAUACAUAGAUGCUGAUACAGAUGACGACGAGCACCUCCGCGAUGUUUCUGACACGAGUCCCUCAGAGCGGCUUCUAACUGGUUCAAGCCCAAAACGGAGCAUCAACACCAAUUAUCAGAAAGGGAUGAACCAUUUAGAAGCAGCCCAAAAAAUGCUGGGCCAGAAUUGUCUGUUCCCCAUCGAAGGUAUUCGUGGGGUAGCUCAUGAGAAUCAUGUAGGACCUGAGUUGGCACGUAGGUCAAAGGUGGAGAGGGGACGUCAAAAUACUUUGGAUAAAGGCCUCUGAGGUUCAAGAGGAGCAGAAAUAAGCUCGAAGCUGGGGACAGAGUGUGUGUGAUGGAGACACCAAACAGACUGAAUACACUCAGACAUAGGGCCUCAGACAUAGGAAGAGGGAGAGACAAAGGUCUCUGGGAAACAAUUCAAGUUACUACUUACCUGAGCAUGCCAUUGGGCACUACGCUCAGGAGCAACAUGCUAGGCGAAUACUCUGGGAGAAAAACACUACUAAAUUGGAGAAUGUCACUGCCCCUCCUUCAACUCAUUCCUACAAGCAGGACUACACACCCUCAAAACAAGAGAGCACUCCCAGGUAGCCAACUGACUGGCUCAGAGAUCCUCAUAAAAACAGAGUCAUUGUAGAUCUUGAGUUGCGGUUAUAAAAGGUGUAACCCAACUUUAUGAUUGUUUUAGCAGCAGGUGGUUAUCUAUAUGUUCUCCAGAAAAAGAAUCCCAGCUGCCCGCUAUUCCAUUACAGAAUCCCAGUUCAUUUUGUAGUCUUGGAGAUACAGGAGAGGACCCAGAAGCCUAUAAGCUACUUACUUGUGCCCUCCAUUCCGAAAACUGGCCUUAGUCAUUUACAUUUGUAGGAGUGUGCAUGUUUGCAUUUUAGUGUGUGUAUGCAUGUGUGAGUUAGUGUGAAAGUUGAUGGAUGACCAAAUGUUAAUUCUUGUGUGCACAUUUUUGAGAUUGUCUCACCUGAUUUAUUUUUAUAUAGAUAAGAAGAAAAGGUUCCUUAUAGAAAUGUGUGAUUUGCUAGUUGGCUGUGUCAUUAUCUCAUGUAAAGAGUAAUCCUGUUAAAGGUGCAAUGUCAUGGCACAGAGGCUGCAAAUAGAGGAGGGGAUCCAGCCCAUAGUUUGUUAUAUUUGAUGCUCCUUCUUGAACAGUAUUUUGCUAUUCCCUAUGUUAUCAUGUCAUGGUGAGAAUGGAUGAUACUUUUAAAUCGUUUAAUAUUCUUUAAAAACCUCAGUAUCAUUUUAAAUGGAUGGUAGGGGACCAAGAAUUUUUGAUACGGGCUAAUACAACAACAAGAUGUAACAAGCUGGAUUGCUGCAUAAAGGGCAAAAUUAUGAGGCAUGCAUGCAGCCAACCGACAAAACAAAAACAUGGGACACUAAAAUCUAAAUAUUUAAAUAUUCUGUCGUAUAAUUUUUAUGUUUACCACAAGUUAUCACAUAAAUGAUAAGGAUUAGCAUCCACUGGCCGUCAUUUAACCAACAUAAAAGCAGCCAAAGAGACCUCACUCUCAGAUAGUGGAAUAUGCAUGCGUUUGGUACUGACAGCAGGGUACUUUUUCAUCUGUUUUUAUUCCUUUAAUGUCAAAACCGCACUGAAUUUACACAACUGAGUUAUUUUUCAUCACAAUUCAGUUGUAAAUGCCCAAACUGAACCCAUGCAUGAGCACAAACACCCACUGAAGAUACAUGCAGGUACGGGAGACUGUCUUCAGGCUACAUAUAUACACUUAGUUUCCAUGGAGACUGCAGCUUUUCUCAAAGGCUGGCAGCAGCUAAGCAACCGUUGUUAAUUUGGGCGUAAAGGUCUGGUUGCAUGUAAUGUAAGUUAAACACAUACACAAGAAGACACGCGCACACUUUGGCAUGUAUCCAUACAGUGACAAGUAUGCACAGUAGUCACAUGUUAGCAGAGCCACUCCUCACUGUGCAUAUUUAUGAAUACUGUGUAAAGGCAGCAUUAUGGUGAUGUAAAGACCUUGUACUUUGUUACGUUUAUGUCUAAAAUCUCUGUAGCACUCCAUAAAUACUACAAUACUACAGCUCCCAUAAUGCAUUUGCUAUUAUUUGUUUACAUAAGCACUUAGCAGAUGAAACAGUCUUUCAUAAUGAAUUAGCUCCAGUAUUAAAAGGACAUAUUACAAGACUGACCAAAUGCUUCACAUAGAAUAUAGAGCAACAGAUGCUUCAUCAUCUGAAGAAGCAUAAUAAAACUGGUCUUUGUCAUUAUCCAACCUUUGAGAACUAUAACCUUACAAUAAGAUUAACAUCCAUAUAGAUCUUGGCAACACAAGAUUAAUUAGUAUGACGACUUAACCUACUGUUUACUGUUCAAAUGAUAUGGAUCUUAAAUAUCUGAAGGUUCAAUCUGUUUGCACUGCCGUUAUGAGAUUCAAGAGCAGGUGUCGUACUAAUGAAGAGAAACAUUACUGCCAUUGCAAACAAAACAAAUUGUUAGAGAAACCUGACCAAACUGUGAAAGGUUCCCGUCACAAAAUAUUUAUACUGUAUAAUUCAAGAGCCAACAAAAGGUGAUGACAUACAUUUUUUAGUGUUUGAGAGUCACACAAACCCUGAUUCCAUUUCCUGUUUUUAAUCACAGAGUUGAACCGUCUCAUAUUGCUCCUCCAUAGUGAGAGCAGCAGAGGUGUGAAAGGAAUAGCAAUGACAGUGAGAGAGGCAGAGGGAGCCAUGUGUGUGUAGCUGUAUGUGUGCCUGCUGUGAAUCCAGGGCAUUAGAGCAGUAAGGCUGCCGCUAAAUGGAGAAAAAAUGAACAGUUUCCAACAUGAAUGUAUGCAUGUCGGGGGAAUCCUGCUUUUGUUUGCGCCAUACUCUAUCUGCUGUUCUCAUUCUGAUAUGCAGCAGUGACACAGCCCGUAACACCAAGGGGACUCUGAUCAUAUGAGAAAACAAGAUUACUUUUGCACACAUUUCAUAUUUGAAAUGCAGCUUUGUCUAAAGCUGUGAAGAGAGGGAUGGAAGGAGUGUUCUAUGUAUGUUUCUCAGCAUGCAUAAUUAGAUAUGGACGGGUGGUUGCAGCUCGUGACAAAUUAAUUUUAUGCAGCACCAUAAUCUCAGCCUCUAAAUACAUUAUCUAAAACAGCGUUCCUUUUUUUAUUUUGUAUUCAAGUGACACUUUUUAUCAUUUACCUCUGUUGCAUAUGUACAGCAAAAAAGGAAAACAAUCACACUUAAACAGAUUUUGAAACAUACGCUGGGGUAUCAUCAGCAAAGAAGUGUUCCAAAAUCAAAGUUUUUUUAUUUAAGGGAAGACAAAAUGUCCCAUAGGAUGAGACUUGACAGUUUCAGAUGGGAUUUCAAUUUGAAUUAUUUUCUUUAGUUAGUCAUACCCCAUACCUGCUUUGAAUUGCUGCUCAUUCGGUUCUUCCUUUUAUCCAGUGGUUCCCAAACUUUUUCUGAAGGCUGAAGUCUGUGAAAGUAUUUCAGCCCCCCCCCCCCUCCUCACCAUACACUUCAACACAUAAACCUAGCUGAUUUAAAUUAAAACACACUACCAGACGCAUACAUUCCUAAGAAAUACCUGCAUCUUUAGAUUUACUUGGAACAUUAUCUGCAAAAAAAAUAUAGAAUUCAGUGUGUGAUACUGAACCGUUGUCAUUAAGCCUUGCCAAGCGCCCUCAUCAUAACUGGAGCCCUCCCAGUUUGGUAAUCGCUGCCUUAAUAAAUUCUUGCCACAAUCAAAUUGUAUGAAUCUCAUGUCAGGAGGUAUGUAUGGUACAGAUUAGUUGGGAAAGCUUCACAACCAUGAGAGCUUAUUCCAUUAAAAUUUUUCCUUUAUUUUUUUUUUCUCGGACAUCAGUCACUGGAAGAAAAACAUUUGUUUCAUGGGCAACCAGUCUGAUGUUUGUUCCUGAUUAACUUUGAAUUGCACAUCUACAUCUAGCUUUAUAGAAUGAAAAGUCAAGGCCAGUGAAUGCCAGACAACAACACAAUUUCAAAAUCUUUUACCUAAAAGGCACUGUGAGGAGUUUUCAUGUUGUAUGGAGUCUGGUGACCUCUUUGGAAAUUGGUUCUGUUUUUCUGGGAUGAAGACUGCACCUCCCAUGAGCACCAUCACCCAUUGUUGUAAAGAUGUGGCUUUAACCAAAGCAUGCUUUUUUUGUUGUGGAAGCAAAUAAAUUGAAUACAGACCAUCUUUUAUUAUAUAUAUUUUAUUGUUUGAGACAACUUUUAACAGGAUGAAGAGCAAUGAGGUAAUGUAUUGAUUUAGAUCUACUUAAAACUAUUAACUGCAGCAGGAAAAAGAAAAACUCUGAUGUAUCGCCGUUAGUUGGCUUACAAAAGGUGACAAGACAAUUUGAUGUUACCCGUCUACUCUCUUGUCCUCAAAGAGAAAUGAGACACUCACACGCCGGCAUCAACAUAAAAUCACGGUCAUAACAAGUUUGCUGUUUAACCUAGCAAAGCUCUAGUUGUAGAUUUUCACUGUAUGAAACAGUACUUUAACAAAAAAAAUGUCUUUUUGCUUAAUCGGCUCCAGUAUCAGCCAUGAGUUCAAAAUAUUAUGAAAAAAGAAAAUUAUCCACAGAAGAAAAAAAGAAACCUCCUCCUGCUUGCUCACUGCCAAACUAUACCAGCUGAGUUCAAAACAGAGCCACUUCUGGGGGAGAGCCGAAUAGCAACUGAUAAUCUCAUUUUACGAUGUAGGUCAUAUAAAGACAUCAGUAUAAGAGUGACAAUAUUUCAAAAUCAGCUAAAAACUCCUCACAGUGACUUUAAAAAAUGUUGAUGAGAUUUUUUUGAAGCUCUGAAGAAACAAAUAUGAAGACAGACUAGCAUGACAUUAUUUUUAAAAAAUGAUAUGUUUUAUUUUCUACACAAAACCUUUUAUGAUUUAAGUUUUUCUGGUAGUCAGGGAGCAUAUUCCACUCAAACGUCUCUAAGCAACAAUGACAAUCAAUAUUCCAUGAAAAGACAGCAAGCACUACUGUUGGAAACUAAGCUUUGCUAUGGGGAAAUUCUACACAAGUGUAUACAAACACACACACAAAAAAAGGAUUAAAAUCUCUACACCAGUAAUGACACUAUUAAGCUAAUACACAAUGAAGUUAAAAAAAAAACACAACAGCAUGGUGUGCAAUUUGACACCUAGACUGUGAUACUGUGACAUGAUUCCACCAUAAUACAACAUACAUGUUUUAUUCUUUCAAUUUGUCCUUAUUUUUAUUUUAUUUUGGCGCUUUAUCACCUUCACGUAUAAGUGAGCCAUUUAAAUUAAGAAUAUUUCAUAGUUUAAAACAGCUUUUUUUUUCACUAAAUAUAAAAAUUGUGAUGUGUAUCAUCAUGCUUUAAGAAAGAAAAACGAUCAAGUGGCUUCUUACAUUACCCCUUUAUUAAUACAAACAAAGAUAAAGAGCACAGAUUCUGAAACCUCUCAACUGUACAGUAAGGGCAUUUCAUUGAAACCCAAAAUAGAAUUUGGUUACCUUGCUAGCUGCUAAAUUUAUCAGUAAAGAGGUUGAGGUCUUUUUUAUUUUUGCUACAACCCCACAGGACUCCAUUCAAGGUAGUGUCCAGUGGGAAGCACUGCUUCAGCAAGUAGCCCUUUUAAAUACUCUGAAUCUAAUACUGUAUUACAGGGUUGGGGUCCAUUCAGGAUGCCUUGAUGGAGUAAAACACAUCACACAAUACACUAUGAAAGGAAGGAGUAUUACAGCAUGAGAUAAAUUAAAACCUAGUACCCAUUUAAAACAAACUCUAUUUUUUCUACGCUUUAAGCUCUCAGUGGAAUCGACCCCAACCUUGCCUAAGCCAUCAGUCUUUGUAAAGUACACUGUUUCCAGGGAAUUGAAAAAAAGAUCUUUGAACGACCUUAGCCAGCUCUUAUACAAUGUUGUUUGUAGGUCCCGAGGCUGUCUGUUUUGUAAAAAAAAAAACACACAUUUUUACCUGUUGACUUUCUAUGCUGUUGUUUCUGUAUAAAUGUUCUGUUGUUCAGUGCAUGUUGUAACUUUGGCGUUGUGACUGGUUGUGAUUCACACCAGUAGAGCCAGUUCUUGUCAUGUAAAAAAAGUGUCUCAAUGUCCCAAGAUAUUUCUAUUUCUUAUGAAAGCGAAAUUUCCCUUGAAUGACUCAAAAUUAAAUAAAUCAGAUCACUUUACAUUUUGA